UGAAUCGGCGAGGGCGGCCCGACGUGCUCGGGACGGGACGGGGCAGCGCGGGCGCUGGGAGCUGCGGCCCGGAGUCGGGGCGCCUAGCCCCGGGCCCCCCAGCAUGAAGACCCCGGCGGACACAGGCUUUGCCUUCCCGGACUGGGCCUACAAGCCGGAGUCGUCCCCCGGCUCCAGGCAGAUCCAGCUGUGGCACUUUAUCCUGGAGCUGUUGCGGAAGGAGGAAUACCAGGGCGUCAUCGCCUGGCAGGGGGACUACGGGGAGUUCGUCAUCAAGGACCCCGACGAGGUGGCUCGGCUCUGGGGGGUCCGCAAGUGCAAGCCCCAGAUGAACUAUGACAAGCUGAGCCGGGCUCUGCGCUAUUACUACAACAAACGCAUUCUGCACAAGACCAAGGGGAAACGGUUCACCUACAAGUUCAACUUCAACAAACUGGUGCUGGUUAAUUACCCUUUCAUCGACGUGGGCUUGGCUGGGGGUGCGGUGCCCCAGAGUGCCCCGCCAGUGCCGACAGGCGGCAGCCACUUCCGCUUUCCUCCGUCGACGCCCUCCGAGGUGCUGUCUCCCACCGAGGACCCCCGCUCACCGCCGGCCUGCUCUUCAUCAUCAUCAUCCCUCUUCUCGGCCGUGGUAGCCCGGCGCCUGGGCCGGGGCUCGGUCAGUGACUGUAGUGAUGGCACGUCAGAGCUCGAAGAGCCCCUGGGAGAGGACCCCCGGGCCCGACCGCCUGGCCCCCCGGAGCUGGGUGCUUUUCGUGGGCCCCCGCUGGCCCGCCUGCCCCAUGACCCUGGUGUCUUCCGUGUCUACCCCCGGCCCCGGGGUGGCCCUGAGCCCCUCAGCCCUUUCCCCGUGUCGCCUCUAGCCGGGCCUGGCUCCCUGCUGCCCCCGCAGCUCUCCCCGGCUCUGCCCAUGACCCCGACCCACCUGGCCUACACCCCAUCCCCCACGCUGAGCCCCAUGUACCCCGGUGGUGGCGGGGGCCCCAGCGGCUCGGGGGGAGGCUCCCACUUCUCCUUCAGCCCCGAGGACAUGAAACGGUACCUGCAGGCCCACACCCAAAGCGUCUACAACUACCACCUCAGCCCCCGCGCCUUCCUGCACUACCCCGGGCUAGUGGUGCCACAGCCCCAGCGCCCCGACAAGUGCCCGCUGCCGCCCAUGGCCCCCGAGACCCCACCGGUCCCCUCCUCGGCCUCGUCCUCCUCUUCCUCCUCUCCAUUCAAGUUUAAGCUCCAGCCGCCCCCCCUGGGACGCCGGCAGCGGGCUGCUGGGGAGAAGGCCCCUGCGGGCGCUGAUAAGGGCGGCGGCCUGGCCCUCGGCGGUGCAGGCGGGCUGGCCGAGGGUGCCGGGGUGCUGGCCCCGCCACCGCCGCCACCGCCACCGCAGAUCAAGGUGGAACCGAUCUCCGAAGGCGAGUCGGAGGAGGUGGAGGUGACUGACAUCAGCGACGAGGACGAAGAAGAUGGGGAGGUGUUCAAGACGCCUCGUGUGCCGCCUGCACCCCCAAAGCCCGACCCAGGCGAGGUGCCCGGGGUUGCCCAGUGCAUGCCUCUCAAGCUGCGCUUUAAACGCCGCUGGAGUGAAGACUGUCGCCUCGAAGGGGGUGGGGGCCCUGCUGGGGGCCUUGAGGAUGAGGGUGAGGACAAGAAGGUGCGUGGGGAGGGGCCUGGGGAGGCUGGGGGGCCCCUCACCCCAAGGCGGGUGAGUUCUGACCUCCAGCACGCUACAGCCCAGCUCUCUCUGGAGCAUCGAGAUUCCUGAGGGCUGUGGGCAGGGGACCCCCAUUCCCCCCACCCCCAUGCCUCUUUUGCUGCCUUAACCCCCCUAUUACCUGGAGGUGAGGGCAGCUUUUUAGGCUCGCUCCGCCUCCUCCUCUUUCCUG